AUGGACCACACUUUCGCUCUCGCUGAGAGGGCGGCAUGCAUUUCACCCUUCUUGCUGGCGUCCGACUUUGAAUCCACCACAGGCUGCGUGUCGUGCUGUCUGCCAUGCCCGUUCACCGACUGGGUGUACCCAGAAAACUUCAACCAGCUGACAGCUGCAGCCGAGUGGAUUGCCGUCAUCAGCACCAUCUGCUGUGUUGCGCUGCUGCUGUCAUGGGCUAUGCUUCCAGUAGAGAAGACGCACCGGCACUAUCUCAGCAUCUGCCUGACGACCGGCGUGCUUUUGUUGAGCCUCGGCUUUGUCAUCCCGCUGGCGGGCCAUCCAGAGCAGUGUGCCGACCCAAUCACACCCAACAGCAUACAGUCCAGCAGUAUAUGCGGUGCGUCCGGCCUCAUUCUCAUUCUCGGCGGCUGGUCCAGCGUGGUGUGGGUGUUUCUGCGGUCCAUGUCUCUGCACCUGCAGAUCUGCUGGCAGGUGGUCGUGGGCCGUAGCUUCAUGUGGUUUGCCCUGGCAGCGGGCUGGGGCAUCCCGAUUCUGGGCACCAUCCUGGCUGCCGUCCUCAGCGGUGUUUCAUUCCGUCUGGGCGCGACCUGUCACAUCAACCACAAGAACAGCCUGGGAGACCUGUGGAUUCCGUUGCUCGUAUUUGCUGGCCUGGCCAUUAUCAUCCAGCUCUUCACCUUUGCCUACUGCAUCAAGGUGUACCUGGCGUCGCUGUCGGACAACGCGGCCUCGACGGAAGGUUCGGGCCUGCCGUCGUAUACCAACAGUAUCCGCACGAUGACGCCGCGUCAGGCGUACCGUCGAGUGCGCCGCGUCAUCCAGCUGCAGUGGCGGGGUAUCGCGAUUGUGCUCAUUAUCUGUGUCGACGUCAUCUUCUUCAGCGUCGUCUUUGUCUUCCAGGACAACACGGUGGUCCGCCUGGCACACAAGCCGUCCAUUGCGGUCGACUGGCUGGUGUGCCUGGUCGAGAACGAGGGCAAGAAGGAUCCCUGUCUAUACCUGGCAGGGUCGCUCACGGUGAAGAAGUCGACCGUCGGUGCUGUUCUCAUACUGUUGGCAAUGAACGGCUUGUGGCUGGUAGUCCUGCUGGGCCGUUGGUCCAUUGUAACCGGCUGGGCGGAGCUGUUCAGGCCAGCUGCGUACCAGAACAAGCAGCGCGAAUUCGUCUCCGUUGACGCACGGCUCGAUGACCUCAAAAAAGACACACACUCGCCUACACCGUUGGUGGGCAUGGGCGCUCUGGCCAGCCUAGGAGAAGAAGGCAGUUCGGCAGCCACUGCUUCGGCCCGUGUGGAGCGUUCUACCAGCAUCACGGGCGGCUCCAGCGGUCGGCGCACGCCGGACUAUUUCAAUCGGGCAGCCCGCUACAAUGCGCCGUCGCGGUCGUCCUCGAAUUCGCGACCACUAAACACAUCGCUGUCGUCUAUCCGGUGGGACGCACAGGAGACGUUUGCGCCGUCAAGGACGGCAAGAUCGCCACCACCGCGAACACACACGACGCGUAGUCCCAGUCAAGACGCGUCGCAAGCCGAACUCGACAACCGGCAUCCGCUGGGUAUGAAUCGGAUCUGA